AGUGUUAUAUCGAUGCGCAACAAGACAAGUGUAGGGACUUACGGAGGACAGGCGCGGCUUGGAACAGUUCCGUAAUCUGCGUGCAACUGCAUCUCUUUGCAUGGUUUUCAGUGAAUCAGACACUUAAGUUCAAAUUUUUAGCAACAUCAAUCUUCUUUCCGUGUUAGUGACAUAUACAUGUUGUUCAGUGACUUGGAAUAAUUAAUUACACAUAUUACGUCAUUUUGAGUGCAAAAUGUAUGAUAUUCUUAUGGCUUCAUUUCGUAAAUUGGAAGCUCGUGUCUUGAAGACUUGACUGCAACUGUCGCGCCCAAUCUAGCCGAGAUCGAUUUAAAACCAAUCUAAACUUCAACGAUCUGUGGUGACACAGUAGAGUCUUUCUGACAGCACGCAGUUGAAUUGUUACGAUUCGUUUUCGAAUCGGCGGCGUUGUGACGAAACAUGGCUCUAAAGACGUCACCGGACGAAGGAAUAUCACGCAAGAUUCAAACAUGAUCUUACUAAAUUAGCUAGAUAUGCUUGACAAGAAAUCCAAGAUUGGAUUAAUUCUAGAAGAACGGUUAUAUUACAUCAUACGAUCAUCCAAUUUAUGAGAAAUUAUUCCAUCUUUGCUAAUUAGCAAUGGAUUAAUUAGGAUAUUAAGGAGAGAUACACGAGACAGGCGACAUGAUUAUGUAUACGUGGAUUAUUUCAUUUUAGGGAAGGGUGUGGAAAUGACUUCUUCUAUUCUAGCUUUCGUAAAUUUCAAAAGAGGAACUUGAGUUUUCAUCGUUUUCACCCUUCCAAAGGUCUUUAUUCAUUUAUUGCCAGUGCGUCGUCAUGGAGAUUCAUCUAAGCGAUACGAUGAUCGGGGUGGUCAUGGCGUCAGUCGUCAUCGCCUUCUUCAUGAUCCUGACGGUACUGUGUAUCUGCGGAUCCUACAUCGAUGACAAGAGAGAAAUGAAAGAAUUGGAAGAAAUAGCCGAACGCGCCGUCCGCAGACGAAAAAAACAAUUGAAAGAGGAGAGACAGCGACGACAGAACGGAAGUUUUCAAAAUGGAAGCAGUCAGAUUUUCAGCAUCACCAACGAAAACCGAAAAUACAAUAAGAGUUACAGCGUUGGUAAUAUCCACACAGCCGCGAGCAAAAAAGUGAAGCAUUUUCAGAGCUACCGAAAAAACAAGAUGAUGCAAGCCAAACUAAAGCGGAAGAGCAUGGGACAGGUCAGAGAAAAUGGCGCCUCGAACAUCACGUGACAAUUAGAGGACGAUUUCCCAUUGGCUCAAUCGGCUUUUAUGCCGAGCAUACCAUUUCGAAACGGCAGAGCAGUUUACCUGCCUUCGUGAUGACGGAGACACCCAAUGCGGAAUUGGCAAUAAGCAAUUGUCAAAUCGCCGCACCUCCGCACAAACCCAGUACAUCUUUAUGAUCACUGCAUUAUAGAUAACACAACAGGAUUGCUUGCCGCAAAGAAUGUAUAUAAAUAUUCAUUAUUGUCGUGGGUUUUUUUGUAAUCGCGGAUUAGGAAAAUGUUAGGAAGGGCGAGACUUAUUUCGUCAUGAUCUCGGAAGUAUAGCUUGCUGGCAUACAUGUGCAUGCAAUGCGAUAAAACCAUUUCAUCGAACACGUGUUUACGUUCACACCAAGGAAAACGGAUUGUGCGCAAAUGAACAUAACAUCGCCUUACUUCUCGUCAUUGUAAGAACCUCAUACUAUCUUUCUAUGCAUAGAGUCUGAUUCCCUGCCCAAGUGGUUUGCUAAUGAUUCCAGCACAGGUAUUGUCGGAGAAACGGUCUCCGCUUCCGGAAGGAAAACAAUCUUCGCAAAAUUAAAAACAAUUUGGGAGCUUGUACGUCAUGUAUAUAGAUUAAUGUAUGAAGGACGUGUUCUUACUGAACAUUCCAAUCGACUUCAUAUCCAUUUUUAAGUUAAGAAUUCUACUACAUGUUCAGGCAGGUGAUACCGUUCGCUUGAAAUUGUUGCGAUAAGAAAAUUUGAGGCGCAAGGGUUGGAAUAGACGCGCGCGACAUCCGGAAACAAACGUCUUUGUGUGGCAAUAGAGUGAUGUUUUAUAGGCCAACAAAUCGUUAACAGCUGCUAUCACGGACAUUCGCUGCUAUUUGUACAAAGUCCAUGUUCGAUGUUUUUCUAAUCAAUGCGUUAAAACGUUCCCUCCAACUUCGGAAAUAAACCAUUUGAUGCUGGAUGGAUAAAAGUUGCAGUCGUUUGAUUAAAUGUAUAUAUAUAUCAAAUGAUCAAUACUCCACGCCCCUAAAGUGACGCUUGAAGUCUGGAUUAUAGACCACGUCAUACUGGCGUCAUAUGGUCGUGCACUAUUUAGAGGAAUACGUCUGAAAUUUGAGUAAAUUCCGCUGAUGAUAAUACUGGUAAUUUUUAGUGAUAUGUAGUGUGCGAUUUGAACAUUCGAGAAAUGAACUGGCACGGAAAUUUACAGCACAGCUGCGACCUGCGAUGACCGACGCAAACGAAUGAUUAUCACAUCGUGUGACUUAAAUCGCAAGUCGUAGGGUCAAUUUUUUUCGACCACAUCGGCAGACCAACCAAGACCGAUUCGGUGCGUAAUCGUAAUCUUCUAAGGGUCGUACUCACGACCUCCUGACAGUCAGUUGUGUGAA